AUGAAGACGCACCCCGUUUUUUACGUGGGUCGCCUGAAACGGUAUGUUGGUCCAGAAGAGAUCACAUAUCCACAUCGGUCUAACGAGACCGAUGGUGACGUCGACUGCGAGUCGAGCGUCGCGGCCGAUCAGGCGACGAGGAAGCCGAGAGGCUCCCCGUAUACGAACGAGGCGAUAGAGGACUCGGCGAUCGAGGAGGACUCCGCGCUUGACGCGGGUAUCUCAUCACCAGUCGCUCUAAGAUGUCCAAACGGGUCUUCAGGCGGUCAUACCCCUGACGGUCCCUCGUCCUCACAUCGCGCAGAUCCAAAGUCAGUCGCGAGACUUGACUCUCGAGAUCUGCUACCUGCCUCUUCAGCACAGCGAUCUCAGCUUGCGACUAAACACAGAGGAUAG